CAAGCUCAUCAGUCAUCAUCGAUCAUCACAAUUCACAAGAGUGAGUGUGAGAGUGAGACCCGCAAAGCACGCGCGCUCACGGUCUCGUCGGGCGCCACUGAUCGAUCGGUUAGCUAGGUGCGUGCGCUGAACGGAGGGCCGGGCAUGGAGGACGCGGCGGCCACGCUGGCGACGGAGCUAGACGGGCUGCUGGCCAUGGCGAGGGAGCUGGAGGCGCGCGUCGACGGCGACCAGGGCGCGCCCGGCGCCGCCAGGGAGCUCUGCUCCGCGCUGGCCGCGUCCGUCGACCGGGCCGUGCGCCUCGCCGGCCGUGGCCGCAAUGCCGGCGCCAGGGCGGGCGUGAACGGCCAGCUCAGGAGCGGCAGGAAGGCGGCAGCGGCGAAGGUGCGCACGCAGGUGCGGGUGGCCUCAAUGCAGGACCUCGGGCCACUCGACGACGGGAUGAGCUGGAGGAAGUACGGCCAGAAGGGCAUCCUCGGCGCCACGUACCCGAGGUCCUACUUCCGGUGCACGCACCGGCACACGCAGGGCUGCGCCGCCACCAAGCAGGUGCAGCGCGCGACGGCCGACCCGCUGCUCUUCGACGUCGUGUACGUGGGCGCGCACACCUGCGCCGGGGCCGCGGUCCUGGGCGGCACGGAGCAGCAGCUGCCGCCGCCUGCUGCCUUCGGCCAGGAGCAGCAGAGCCCGCCGGCCGCGGCGCCGGAAGGGGUUCAGUUGCCGGCAGAGCCCGUGACUCCGUUUUCCUUCCCCUCCUCGCCGGCGAGCUCCUGGUGCCAGCUUACCGGGAGCUACGGCUACGCGGCGCCUGGUGGAGGCCUCGGGGUUGACAUGGAGCUCGAGGGUCAACUCGACGAGCUGUUCUUGCACAUGUCAGAGUUUUUUUAGCCCGAGGUUCAGAACCUGGUUCUGUAGGCGCGCUGCCGCCAGUCACGUAGUAGAAGAGAUGCGAAGCUCCGGCCCGAGGCGGCACCGGACUGGACCGAAUUCAGCCAUCACUUCGCUGCCGUCUUUUUUGUGGAACUGUAGAAGCACUUGCGAGUGGCCACGAGAACCGCUGCAUCAGCAGGCAAACAGUGCUCCUCCGCCCAAAGGAGCCGUCGUUUCUGUUGCCCUGGAGCAUCUACAACUGGUUCUGGCCAAAUCUUGAUCCCUGUAGGUCCACCAAAAAGUCUGCAUCCAGAGCAUCUACACCAUGACAUUUUAAAUCCGGCUCAAACUUCGGGUCAUCCCUGUUGAGAAAUAAAACAUGUGAUCAAUUGUAUGGGAGGGAUGCCUUCCAGGAGGUGUCUGUUGAAGAAAAUGUGUCUCUCCAACACACCCCUUCAUCUUGUAUAUAAAUGGGUGUCCCACAUUGCAAUGAAACUAGUGGAUCA